AAAAUGAAAAUGGUUUCCCUUUCGCCAUCUUCUUCGCUUCAAAUUUUCCCUUCAUCUUCUUCGCUCAAAGCCCUUUUACAGACGCUAAUUCUCUCUCUUGCCCGAGCAAUUUCUCGAGCCAAAACGACGGCGCUUCACAUCCUAAAACAGGCCAACCACCAAUCCGCCAUAGCUUUCAAGAGGAACAAGAACAAGCUCCUCUUCGGCUCCUUCAGACUCCAUUACAACUGGUGCUCCUCCUCCAAUUAUCACGUGGCUCCCCCGCCGCUCACGUGGGAUGACAACUCCUCCGGCGCCGCCGACCACCUUGCUGGGUAUUUACAGUGGCUGGAAGACAGGGAUAAAGAAGAGGAAUUAUGUCGGCAUGCUAAUGAAAUUGACAAAUUAGCAGAUAUUUUCAUCGCCAGGUGUCAUGAGAAAUUCAGGCUCGAAAAACAGGAGUCUUACCGGAAAUUUCAAGAGAUGGCGGCAAGAAGCUUAUGAUAUAUAUAUAUACAGUGUUUGAUUGUUCUUUUAGAUAUUAAUUUCUUUUCAGUUU